AUGACGGCGAUCUGUGCUUUCAAUGCACGGAAGCUUGCUUCGGGAGCGUGCAUAGAAGACCUGAUGACGCAACCUAGUAAGAUCAAGUACGACGUCAUGGGACUGACCGAAACGAGAAGGUAUCGCUCGCUGCACGUUGUUAUUGAAACUGGAGAAGAACUGUUCCUUGGAACAUGCGAGAGCAGAGGCGUCGGCGGCGUAGGUGUCCUCGUCAAUGCCCACUUGGCCAUGAACAUCGAUUCGUACGAAAGCUUAACAACCCGAAUCGGACGUUUGCGAUUGAGAAGAUGUGGCUCAAUCCCAGCUCUGACCAUCUUCGUUGCCUACGUAACGACAUCAAGCUACGAAGAAGAGCUGGGGGCGUUUUAUAUGGAUCUGGAGAGGCUCUGCACAGGGAGACCACUUUUUCUUCAGGGUCAUCGUCGGUGA